AUGGGUGAAACUGUUCAGUAUCCAGAAAUAAAAUUACCUGUUGGCCAAUUAAAGGGCACAACCAGAACCAGCAUUUACAAUGAUAACUACUACAGUUUUGAGGGUAUUCCCUAUGGCAAACCACCGGUGGGUGAAUUGAGAUUUAAAGCACCCAUGCCCGCAGAACCAUGGACAGGAGUUAAAGACUGUACGGACUUUAGCAUUAAACCCAUACAAAAGAAUCCUGUAACUGGCAUUGUUGAGGGUUCCGAAGAUUGUUUAUAUUUGAAUGUUUACGCCAAGACACUGAAUUCUCCCAAACCUUUGCCUGUUUUGGUGUGGAUCUAUGGCGGCAGUUUUUUGUUUGGAGAAGCCACACGUCACAUGUAUAGCCCUGAUUAUUUUAUGAGUGAAGAUGUUGUCGUGGUGACUUUUAAUUAUCGUCUCUGUUCGUUGGGUUUUCUAAGCGUUGCAGAUCCCUCAGUGGAUGUACCUGGUAAUGCCGGCAUUAAAGAUCAAGUUUUGGCAUUACGAUGGGUUAAACAAUACAUUCAACAUUUCAAUGGAGAUCCUGAAAAUAUAACGGUAUUUGGUGACAGUGCCGGUGGAGCCUCUACUCAUUUCCUAACGGGCACCCAACAGACCAAGGGUUUAUUCCACAAGGCCAUUUGUAUGUCGGGCACAAUGUUGAAUAGCUGGUCCAUCACCCCACCCAAGGAUUAUGCUUAUCGUUUGGCCAAGGAGAAUGGCUACCAAGGUGAAAAUAAAGACGUCAAAGUUAUUGAAUUCUUGCGUUCCCUAGAACCGGCAAAAUUGAUUAGAGACGAUUUACUGGACGAUGAAGAUAAAAGAAAUGGUGUCUCAUUUAUGUUCGGUCCAUGCAUUGAGCCUUAUGUCUCCGAAAGUUGUGUGGUGCCUGAACAUCCUCGUAAUAUGUUGGCAACUGCUUGGACCAACAAUAUUCCCAUCAUGUUUGGUGGUACUUCCGAUGAAGGUUUACUUAUUUAUCCCAAAUAUAAAAUGUUUCCCCAAAUGUCGAAAGCUUAUGAACUGGAUCCAGAGAGAUUGUUGCCAAAUGAAGUGAGAGUGAGCAAUGAUAAGGCGAAGAAUCUCGAAUUGGCUAAGAAAAUAUCUGAAAAUCAUUUUGGUGAUAAGGGACCGAAUGGCAGUGAUUUGCAUAAAAUUGUUUAUUACUCUGGCAUCAAAAUGUUCUGGCAUGGUGUCCACCGUUCCAUUUUGGCUCGUCUAAAACACUCCACAGGACCCACCUAUUUAUAUCGGUUUGCCUUCGAUUCGCCCACCUUCAAUCAUCAUCGUAAGCGUUUCUGUGGUAAUGAUAUUAAAAAUGGGGUUGCCCAUGCCGAUGAUAUUUCCUACCUUUGGUAUGCCUUCUAUGCCUGGAAAUUGGAUACAAAUACCAAAGAAUAUCAAACUCUACAAAGGAUGGUUAAAAUUUUCGUGGACUUUGCCAAGUCAUCGACAUUGAAUAAUGAAUUUGAAUUGUGUGGAUUGGCCAAUGUAGAUAAAACGAUUCAAUGGAAACCGUUGAAAGCUACCGACCCAUAUGAGGCUUUAAAUAUUGACGAAAAAUUGGAACUUAAAACUAUUCCAGAAAAGAACGAUCUUUUGCUGUGGGAUUCCAUCUAUGAAGCUGAUCAACUUCUAGAAUAUCAGAAUCUUACCUUACCAUUGGGUCAAAUUGGUGGUGCUCUCAGAACCACUAUUUACAAUGAUAUCUACUAUAGUUUUGAGGGUAUACCAUAUGCCCAACCACCUGUCGGAGAACUACGUUUUAAGGCUCCUUUACCCGCCAAGCCAUGGAAAGGAAUCAAAGAUUGUACCGAUUUUAACGUAAAGCCAAUACAAAUAAAUAAAUUCAAGGGUGAAGUUGAGGGUUCUGAAGAUUGCCUUUACUUGAAUGUCUACACAAAGAAGUUAUAUUCUCUGAUGCUUCUUCCUGUCAUGGUUUACAUUUUUGGAGGCGGAUUUAACAAUGGAGCAGCAACAAGAGCUCUCUACAGUCCAGAUUAUUUUAUGCAAAAGGAUGUUGUUAUUGUAACUUUAAACUAUCGCCUUGAUUCUUUAGGCUUCCUCAGCAUAAAAGAUCCAACGCUGGAAAUUCCAGGCAAUGCUGGACUAAAAGAUCAAAUACUGGCACUCAAAUGGGUUAAGAAAUAUAUCCGAUAUUUCAAUGGAGAUCCUGAUAAUAUUACCCUCUUCGGAAAUAGUGUUGGUGCAGCAUCGGUACAUUAUCUUACAGCAACAAAUCAAACGCGUGGACUAUUCCACAAAGCAAUUUGUAUGUCUGGCACAAUGUUGAACUCCAGGGCCACGACACCACCGCAUGAUUAUGCAUUUCGUUUGGCCCAACAACAUGGUUAUAAGGGGGAAAAUAUUGAUGAAAAAGUUGUAAGAUAUUUACAAUCCUUAGAUGCUAAGAAAUUGGUUCAGCACAAGUUGCUAACCAAUGAAGAUCGUCGAAAUGGCAUUCGAUUAACAUUUGCACCUGUUGUGGAACCUUAUGUGGGUAUAGAUACCGUGGUACCCUUUGAGCAAAGCCAAAUGUUGAAGACGGCUUGGGGAAACAAUAUUCCGAUUAUGUUUAGUGGUGUUGUGGAUGAGGGUUUGUUAUUAUACUCGCAAGUGAAAACUUAUACAAAUGUGGUAGAAUCUUUUCGGAGAGAUCCUGUCACAAUUCUACCCUAUUUGGUCAAGCAGAAAUGUGGCGAAGAGGAAUGUUUGGAACUAGCGGACCGAUUAUUUAAUUCAUAUUUUGGUGAUAAAAAUGCAUCACUGGCAGAUGUGAUUCAUUAUUACAGCAUUCGAGAUUUCUGGCAUGGUCUCCAUCGUUCACUAUUGUCACGUCUCAAAUAUGCCAAAGCACCAACUUACCUCUAUCGUUUUCCCUUUGAUUCGCCCACAUUUAAUCAUUAUCGCCAAAAGCAUACCAAGGGUGAAAUAACAACUGGUGUUGCCCAUGCCGAUGAUUUGUCUUAUUUGUGGUAUGGUGAACACUCUUGGAAAUUGGAUAAAUGUUCUGCAGAAUAUAAAACCAUACAACGAAUGGUGGAUAUAUUUACAAAUUUUGCCACAAGUCGUGAUUAUCACCAUCAAUUGGUCUAUGAUGACAAAUGUAAUCAUUACCCUUUCAUAUGGUACUACAAUAUUCAGCCGGGCGCAAGUAGUUCAGUUAGGUUUUGUAGUGCGAUUCGAUCAGGACGGCGCAUUGUGGCUACCAUGGACAGCGGGGAAGAAAAGCCAAUUAUAAAAAUUACACAAGGUUUAGUGCGGGGCACUAAAAGUAAAACCCUUUACGAUGAUGAUUACUACAGCUUUGAAGGAAUACCGUAUGGCCAACCACCUUUAGGUGAACUGCGUUUUAAGGCACCAUUGCCUGCCCAACCAUGGGAUAGUGUCAAAGACUGUUUUGAAUUCAAUGUGAAACCGCUGCAAAAGAAUUACCAAGGCGAAAUUGAAGGUUCUGAGGAUUGUCUCUAUUUGAAUGUUUAUGCCAAAAGGCUCAAUGCCAAGGAAAAGCUACCAGUCUUAGUUUAUAUUUACGGUGGUGCCUUCAAUACGGGUAACUGUACCAAAUCUAAAUAUGGCCCGGACUAUUUUAUGCAGGAAGACGUUAUAUUAGUUACCUUUAAUUAUCGUGUCUCCGUAUUGGGUUUUCUUAGCCUAAAAGAUCCAUCACUCAAUGUUGCCGGUAAUGCUGGUCUUAAAGAUCAAGUGUUGGCACUCAAAUGGGUGCAGCAAAAUAUUGCCCAGUUUGGUGGUAACAAUGAAAACAUUACACUUUUUGGAGAAAGUGCUGGAGCAGCUUCGGUCCAUUUCAUGAUGUGUACCGACCAAACCAAGGGUCUUUUCCACAAAGCCAUCUGUAUGUCCGGUUGUAUUUUAAAUAAUUGGGCCCUAACCAAAGAUACCACCGAUUUGCCAUAUAAAUUAGCUUGCGAGAAAGGCUAUCAAGGAGAUAACAACGAUCGUGACGUGUUGGAGUUUUUAAAACAAUGCCCUGCAAGCGAAUUGCUACAUAUGGAUAAGCUUAACCAAGAAGUUAUUUUAAAAGGUGGUUUCUUUGUUUUUGUGCCUUCAAUGGAGCCCUAUGAUAAUCCGGAAGCCGUUGUUCGAAAACCUUUAUUGGAAAGCAUGAAAACCUCAUGGGGUAAUUCUAUACCUUUGAUAAUAGGUGGUACCUCCUUUGAGGGAUUGGUUAGAUAUCCACAAGUUAAACACAAGCCGGAGCUGUUAAAUUUAUAUAAAACCAGACCUGAACUGUUAGUUCCGCCAGAACUAUUAGUUGGGAAAACUGAUGAGGAAGCAAAAUCACUGGGUAAUAUUUUGUAUGAUCUCUAUUUCAAAGCAGCUGAGGGCGAUGAAAAGCAAUAUCUUAUGAAAUAUUUAGAUCACUGUUCAUUUUAUUCCAUUUGGCAUGACCUACAUCGUGUUAUCAGAUCUCGCAAAGAACUUGCCACGGCUCCCACCUAUCAAUAUCUCUUCGAUUUUGAUUCACCCACAUUCAAUCAUCAUCGCAAAAUGUUUUGUGGUACCGAUAUAGAAGAGGGUGUUGCACAUGCCGAUGAUUUAGAAUAUUUAUUCUAUGCUUUUUAUUCGUGGAAAUUGGAAAAAGAUUCGAAAGAAUAUUUAACAAUACGUCGCAUGAUUGAAUUGUGGACCCAAUUUGCCAAAACAUCGAAUCCCAAUUGCCAGUACACCAAGAAUUCGGAAUGGAAGACGAUAACUGAAAGUGACAUCAAACAAUGGCUUAGAAUUUCAAAUGAUAUUCGGUUUGAAGAAAUAUCGAAGGAAUUCCAAAAUAAGUUAGAUGUUUGGAAUAGUUUGUAUGAUAAAGAUUUGUUUUAG